CCGGUUAAUCGUGCCAACCGUGAAUACCGUUUUUGCUCCGAUUCGGUUCCAGCCACUUGUACAUUCCCAUCAUAGAGAUGGGCUACAAGAAGAAUACCGCAUCUGUCACCGUGUUCUUCAUCAGCGCCUUUUUCCACGAGUACCUCGUCAGCGUGCCGCUCAAGACGUUCAAAACGUGGGCGUUCCUCGGAAUGAUGGGACAGAUACCAUUAUCAAUGAUAAGUAAGAAGGUGGAGAAGCACUGGGGCGCCAGAUGGGGCAAUAUCACGGUGUGGGCGAGUCUCAUUAUCGGACAACCACUUUGCAUAAUGAUGUAUUACCACGAUUACGUGAUAACUCACUUCGGCGAGAACUUGAUCGAGGAUUAUUCCGUGGUGUAGGUAGUAGAGAGAAUCGAACUCGAAGCGAACGGUCACGCAGAGGUCUGGAAGAAGAGAUUCUCCGGCCAAACUCGCCACUCUUCCAUCAAUUUUUUUCCCCUUCUCCUUUCCUCUUUUCUUCCGCCAUCUUUACACCUCUGACUCCGCGUGUAUAACCUAUUUUUCAAUCGACGUUUACGCGAAUUCUUCCAUUUUUUUUCUCUCUCUCUCUUAUUCUCUCUCCAACGAUGAAUGAGAGUCGGUCACGUGUUCGUGUAUCGCGAGUAUAUUCUUUAAGUAUUCUUACGCGUAUUGGUUUUGUCCAUUUCGGAUUUUUCUUCUUCCAGUAGGAAUUAUAUGGAUUUUUUUUCGAAUGAAUCGUAAUUACCUAUUUCAAGAUACAAAUUUCACGUUCGUAUCUGUAUAUAUAUAUAGGUAUAUAAUCAGGUAAGUUGUAAUUUGUAAAACUUCUAUUAAAUUUAAUACUGUGAUAACUCCAGGGCUAAUUCUGGUAAAUGUACAGUACGCGCGUGUAUACAAGCGGACUUUGAACGUUUCCUCCUAAUUUAUUUACUCGUGUUGAAUGGAAGGAAUUGUCGUUACGAAACGUACUAGCAUAAAUAAGUUCGUGUAGCUCGAGUUAAAAUUGAAUAAAUCUACUGACAUGAUACAUCGAUAGAGAAGACCAUAUAUUUCUGGAGCGUGUAAAUCCAGAAUAAGCCCUGCGUGCAUCCAGAAUAAAAUACAAUU